AUGCUUAUCAAAGAAUAUCGAAUUCCAGUACCAAUGACUGUCGAUGAAUAUCGAAUAGCUCAAUUAUACAUGAUUGUGAAAAAAAGUCGUGAAGAAACCAAUUCAUCCGGCAGUGGAGUUGAAAUAAUUAAAAAUGAGCCUUACACGAACGGACCAGGCGGUAGUGGUCAAUAUACGUUCAAGAUAUAUCACAUCGAACGACAUUUGCCCGGAUGGUUCAAAGCAAUCUUGCCAGCGAAUGCCAUGAAGAUCGAAGAAGAAGCAUGGAAUGCCUAUCCCUAUACGAAAACGCGUUACCGUUGUCCUUUUAUUGACCGAUUUCUUAUCGAAGUUGAAACAUGUUAUCAGGCCGAUUUUGGUACGCAAGAAAAUAUUUUCCAAUUAAAACCACAGGAAAUCGAUCAACGUGUUGUUGAAUUCCUUGAUAUUGUUUCCAGUCAACCAUUAGCAGAAAAUCCAUCAGAAAAUCCGUCAGUCUUCCAUUCGGAAAAGACAGGACGUGGGCCGUUAGCAUCAGAUUGGUUUGAACAAAUGAAAAAAACGACUCGAAAGGAUUCGAUUAUGUGUGCGUAUAAACUAUGCCGCGCGGAAUUUCGUUACUGGGGCAUGCAGAGUCGUUGCGAACGAUUUAUUCAUGAGAUAGCUUUGCGUAAGACAAUCCUACGAGCUCAUCGACAAGCUUGGUGUUGGCAAGAUGAAUAUCAAGGUUUAAGUUUAGCUGAUAUACGUCAUUUAGAAGAUGAAACACAACGUGAAUUGAAUAAACGAAUGGCCCAAUUUCAAAACGAAAUGAUUCGCUCAUCUAUAUCACAUUCAGUUUGUGACAAUAACAAUACAACGAAUAGAACUGAAUCAACGAAUGAUAUUAAUCAACCAUUGUCAGUCAAACGAACUCGACAAAUGUCAAUCGAUAGCAUUAAUGCCACCAGACCAAGAAUUAAUUCAUUCCCAGUACCUCCACUACCCACAGAUGAAACACCCGACGAUGAAUUCUUUGAUGCUGAAUCUUCAAUUGAAGGCAUUUCGAGUUCACGCUCUAGUCGUACAUUAACUCGUUCACUCGAAGAUAUUCAUUUGAACGAUUCAAAUAAUUCCGGUUCUCAUCAUUCAAGUAUUGAAGAUGACGAACGAGCAGCUGAAUCCUUGCCAUCCGCUGACAGUGAUAAAUGUCAAAUUGAAAUUUUGAUUCUCAUUUUUUACGGUGGUAAUAUCUUUUCAACCGAAGAUGCAUUUAUCAGCGCGAAGAAAACUGAUUUCAUCACUUUCCGUUCAACAUUUGAAACUGUUAUGCGAAAUCAUUAUUCGCGUAUCGAAGGCAAAAUAGCGAUUCGGUUCGUUGUUUGUCGUUCGAUAUGUACCGAAGCAAUCAAUCUACUGAAUAAUCUAUCACCAUAUGGAACACUCAACAUAACUUAUGAUAUAUCGCAUAGUGAAACGCUACCAAUAAACGCAAUUCCAUUAUUCGCCACAUCCAAUGGUAGUUAUCAAUCAUCAUUAAUGAGUACGGUGACAGAAGCAAAUAAAGUGUAUCAAGACUUUAUUUCAUCGAAGGAAGGCAAGAAUUUCUCGGGACAGGUGGUGAUCAUUGGCGAUGCAAAUGGAGGUAUAUUAGCAUAUGAUGCUUUGUGUUUAAAUCAUAAUUUCGAUGAUACGAUAUCAUUGUAUGGUGAAGAAGGCACAUCAUCGCGUAUGCCAGCGCUGAAUAAACGAGCUCAAAAAGAUAACUCUGAUACUGCAUCGGGACAUUCAGGACAUCGACAAACAACAAAACGAAAUAUUACCAACGACACUCUUGAUACAAGUGACAAUAUUUCACGAUCCGAAGAUAAUUGCCAUACACGACAGGAUAAUUAUGGAUUAACAUUAGCAUUUGAUGUUAAUGAAUUUUUUUCUUUUGGCUCACCCUUAUCAUUAAUACUCGCUUACCGGAAAAUGCUCAGUGAAACUGUUGUGCGGCCCAUUUGUGGACAACUGUACAAUCUAUUUCACGCCUGUGAUCCGAAUGCAUCUCGAAUCGAACCGUUGAUACAGUCAGAAUUCAGUCAAAUACCUCCGUGUUGUGUGUCGCGUUACUCCCAAUUUCCACUAGGUGAUGGUGAAUCGACACUACUCGUUGAAUAUGUUCAUAAAUAUUCCAAAUUAUUCGUCAAGAAAAACUCAAAUACAUCGUCAAAUGAUACAAAUACCAUUUUCUCCGAUCUUCGACAAACUUGGUGGGGAUCGCGACGUGUUGAUUAUAUUGUCUAUUGUCCAGAAUCGCUUAUGAGCCAACCAGCACACGUUCUGCCAAUUGUUUUUCAUUCAAGUUAUUGGGAAUCACGGGAUGUCAUGUCAUUCAUUUUGCGAAAUAUAACUCGAAAUCAAGAACAAUCUCACUUAUUCAGCAGUCAAACAACUAACAAUCCAUGUUCAUUUACACCGGUCAAACCAACCGAACGUUGGGCACAUCGUACUACUGGUGUUAAAAUACGGAACUUAGCUCCAAACCAUCGAGGAAAUGAUACACUAGUAGUAGACGCCCGGCCGCAAACCAUCCAUGCGAAAUUUCAUUAUGGACCCAUCGAUAUGGUCUGUUUAGCUAAUGAAAAAGUAGAUAUCUACGUAAUGCGAUCAGCACCGUAUGGAGAAUGGACAUUGCUCGAUACUGUUGAAACCGACACUCACGGUCGUAUACGAUACACAAUUCCAGACAAUAAAAAACUACCUCUCGGACUACAUCCGGUUAAAUGCGUGGUUCGUGGCGAUCAUACAACAGUUGAUCUUCAUCUUACUGUUCUGCCACCUAAAAGUGAAGCAGUAAUAUUCAGUAUUGACGGAUCAUUUACGUCGAGUUUUUCGGUAAGUCAUCAUGAUCCGAAAGUACGGCCUGGUGCUGUGGAUGUUGUACGAUAUUGGCAAGAAUUAGGUUAUAUUAUUAUUUACAUAACUGCACGUCCAGAUAUUCAACAACGUCGUGUCGUUCACUGGCUGGCUCAGCAUAAUUUUCCUCAUGGUUUGACUCUGUUCAAUGAUGGCAUCAGUCGUGAACCGAUCAAGCACAAGGCAGAAAUGUUACGCGCUGCUAUUGAGAAUGCGGACUUGACAAUCAUGGCGGCAUAUGGAUCAUCGAAAGAUGUUCCUGGCUAUCAAUUAAUUCAUGUCCCACCGGAAAGAUUGUUUGUCGUUGGAAAAGUCAAAAAUCGUUUUCAAGGACAAGUGCGUUUUGUUGUUGAUGGCUAUGCAGUGCAUCUAGCUGAACUAUCAAAACCAGGUGUCAUACGACCAUCUAAAUCAAAUUCACGUCAUUUAAUUCGUAAAGCCUGCUUUAAUCUUCCGAAAUUGACAUCAAUCACAAUGACACAAUCAUCCACCUCAUUGAUCAAUACGCGACAAAUAGCAGCGUCUUCUGCGCAUUCAACUGCAUCAAUGCCUUCAUCUCAUCAUCCUCUCAUCGAUCAAACGUUAUCGGUGCCCUUAACACAUCGAAAAAUCAAUUUCAACGAUGAUGCGAACGUUGCUCGACGACAUAAUCUUUUGACAUUCAGUGCUUCGCAAUCGAAAGAUGCUGCAGCACGGAGCCUAUCUCCUCGUAUUACCCGCCACACAACAACAACAACUACAAUAACGGCGGCAGCAGUAGCAACGAAUAAUACCUACAAUCCCUCGUCGAUUGAAAAACUAUAA